UCGCAAACAUUCAUCCCUACGACUUUUCCUUAAUCUACCUCCUCGUCGACAAAACACCCAUUUCCAUUCCUCCAGACACCGUACUGCGCGCUCCCAUAUCCUCGACCCAACUCGAUGACUUCCACGCCGCACAUCCCGCACCUCUUCCACAACCCGCUCAACAACAACAAGGACAGUAACAAACGGCACAGCAACCACAGCAACCACGUCCUUACCCAGCAUCCACACAUUGCACAACCCAACCAUCGCACCUCCUCCCCCUUCUCAUCCACCCAACGCCCAACAACCCAAACCCCACCCCCACCUUACUCACCUUACAACCCGCAUCCCCCUCCCGUUCUCGGAGCAACAGCACCCGAGAACCAACCUCGAAACAAGGGACGACUGGACAGGACAAAAGACGCACUGAGGCGCACGUUCGUAUUGCUCAAGGCGCGGCCUGAGCGGGCGGAGAUAUCGGGUUUGUCUUCCUCUUCGCGGCCGGGUUCAGAUAUUUGAUGGCGCAGUUUUGGGAGUGGGUGGCAGGGUGCGUGGAGAGGUUGGAGGCCUUGUUUGGAGGUUACAUGGGGGGAAGAGGGAAAGUAAAGGGAAUGGUGGUGUAUGCGUGUGUUGUGGGUGCAAUUUGGUUUGCCCUCCUGCUCAUAUGGAGUAGAAGGAGGAAAGCUGAGGAUUCGCAUACCAAACAGUUCCCGUCCGAGGACAAAAUAGGCUCAUCAAAAUCGGGAGGCUUUAACGCUGAGCAGGAAAAAAGGAAACGUGGGGGGACUGAAGAAGUAAAAGCGUUGGCAAAGAGAAGCGGGACCGGAAGUAUGGAGAGGGGAGAACUGGGAAAGGAAUGGGAUGGAGAUGAUGAUGGACCGGAUGUGAAAGAUACUUGUGUGUUGCAGUGAUUAACUGAUCGUUUGAGAUAUUCUUCUGAAUCUAAAUGGUUGUCUGUAUUUCUCGGCUUGCGUUUUGAUACUGAAGUCUCUCUCAC